ACAUUCUUUCUGGAAUGUGGAGCCGGCUUGGAGUUUGUGUGUUGAUACUAGGAUGCGUGUCGUUGCCGAGCAAUUUUUGCGUGUUUUAGGUCACCCUGUGGACUUUUUUCUUUUUCAUUGCCAUGUCGGCCAGUAAUAGGUCAACAGGGAACCACUGUGCUGUUUUUGGGUGUAGUAACAACUACAGAAAAAGGAAACUGCUGUCGGAAAAAAUAUGCGACGUCCAUCACCAAACGCGGAGUCGUUGCGGCUGCGGACUCUUCAAGUUGCAUCGUUUUCCUGUUGACGAGGAGCAGCGGCGUUUAUGGCUUGUAAGCUUAAACAGGAAAAACUUUUUACCCUCCCACAGUUCCCGCGUAUGUUCAGAGCACUUCUUGUCUGGCGAACGUAGCGCAACGAACCCGACUCCGACGCUCAACCUCGGCUAUGAACGAAAGCUUGGCACAGAUGAAGCUGAGCCUGCGCAGACUGAGCCGUGCAUACACACACUUGAGACCUAUGGAUUGACCUAUCGGCCUUGCACAGACGAAGCCGAGCACGUAGAGUCAGAGCAACGCCAACCCACUGCAGAGUUUUGUGGAUCGAUCAAUCCGAUUCUUGGACACCUCCUCUUUGGAAACGCAACCAUUGGGCACAGGCCAAGACCAAGUCAUUGUAGCGAUACAAAUCAUGAUGACUUCGCAGCAGAGCCAAAACACGAGGCAGCACUGGGUGCUGAUUGUAAGUCCGGACAAGCUCGUGGCGCAUCACCAGAGCCAGCAUGUGAGCCAAGCCAUGUUACAAAUAAAUCUGUUCAAGUGCAACUACUAACCCGCCACGAAGCAUCACAAGCAAAUAGAAGGAAAAUUCUUUCAACAAGUGCUACGCAAACAGAGCCUCAUGCUGUUUCUUCAGGCUCCUUGUCUUUUCUGUCCUUGGAGCAGUCGUCUUCAUUGGCGUCUGUACGAGGCCGACUUCAUUCCUGCCAGCAGUGCACCUAUGUGACCCUGGACAAGUCAACUAUGAACAGACACCUUCAGAAACACAUGGGCGAGCCCCCCUUACAGUGCCACUUCUGUCCAGCUGCGUUCACUCGCAAGUCCGAGCUGGUGCGUCACGUGCGCACCCACACAGGAGAGCGCCCCUUCUGCUGUGCCCACUGCAAUGCGUCCUUUGUGCAGAAAAACAGCCUCGUUAUACACAUCCGCACGCACACUGGAGAGCGGCCAUUUUCCUGCGUCCACUGCGAUGCGUCGUUUGUGCGGAAAAACAGCCUCGUGAGACACAUCCGCAUGCACACAGGAGAGCGUCCAUUUUCUUGUGUCCACUGCAAUGCAUCCUUUGUGCAGAAAGGCAGCCUCUUGAGACACAUCCGCACGCACACUGGAGAGCGGCCCUUUUCCUGUAACCACUGCAAUUCCUCCUUUUCGAUGAGAAGCGGCUUCAUUGAGCACAUGCGCAUUCACACAGGGGAGCGUCCCUUCUCCUGUGUGCGCUGUAAUGCAUCUUUCGGUAAAAAGAGCAGCCUCGUGAGACACAUCCGCGCGCACUCUGGAGAGCGGUCCUUUCCCUGUGUUCACUGCGUUGAAUCCUUUUGUACGAAAAGCACCCUCAUAUUGCACAUGCGCACUCACGCCCACACAUUAGAACGUCCCUUUUCCUGUGUUCACUGAAUGCGUCCUUUGUGCGAAAUAGCAGCCUCGUGAUACACAUCCGCACGCACACAGGAGAACGCCCUUUUCCUGUGUCCACUGUAAUGCGUCCUUUACGGAGAACAACAGCCUCGUGACACACAUGCGCACUCACACAGGACAGCGUCCCUUUUUGUGUGUGCGCUGUAAUGCAUCUUUUGGUCGGAAGCGUCACCUCGCGGAACACAUCAUCCGCAAGCAUAGAGGGGAGUGUCCCUUUUCCUGUGUCCGUUGCAAUGCAUCUUUUUCACAAAGGCAUGACCUCACGGACCACUUGUCCCAUCAUCAUGCAAAUAAGAAGCCAUAAAGGUGACCGGCCUACAGGCUUUCCUUAAAAGGGUAGUAAGCAACCGCGUGGUCCUAAACAUGUGAUGGAGAGAUAACUGAGCGCUUGUGCGACAAGAACCUGCUGCUGCAAGAUUGUUGUGGAUAAGUGUUGUAAAGAGAAAGUUACACGAUAUAGAACAACCCGCUUCGGCUGGUGUUUGUUUCUCUCUCGG